UUCACUGUUGACAUUUGUUUAUAAAGCAACAUGGCGGGUACUUAUGAACGAGUGUUUCCUUCACGUUUCUGGUAGAUUAAUAAGAUUACAUUGUUGGUCUCGGAUCACAGUCAUGAAAUCUAUUUUCUAGCGAAAAAAACAUUCGAUGAUAUUUGCAACAAAUGUGUUAUUCAUGUACAGUAUUUUUAGCUGACGUUUACAGUUAAUUGUACUUUAUGUUCAUUUGUACCUCUAUUAACGACGUAUAUUAACGACAUAUCAUAACAUUCACUCGUGCACCAUGCCUGGUAAAGUGAAAGUGCGUAUUGUAUCAGCACGAGGAUUGCCGGUUAUGGACCGUUCCAGUGAUUUGGCAGAUGCAUUUGCAGAGGUGAAGUUGGGAAAUACAUUCUACAAAACUGAAGUUUGUAAAAAAUCAUUGAACCCAAUUUGGAACUCUGACUGGUACAGGUUUGAAGUUGAUGACGAGGAUCUGCAAGAAGAAACCUUGCAGCUCCGUGUUAUGGAUUAUGACACAUACACUGCACAUGAUGCUAUAGGAAAGGUAAACAUUAGCUUGAAUUGCCUGCUGAGUAAUGAUUCUCCAAAAUCCUUAUCAGGAUGGUUCCCAAUCUACGACACAAUGCACGGGAUACGUGGAGAAAUCAAGAUCGAUGUCAAAGUCGAUUUUUUUGUUGAUGCAAACAAGUUUCGUCAGUCAUCGUGCGGGGUGCAGUUUUUUACAACUCCUUCAAUUCCAAGCUGCUACAAAGCUAUUGCAUUUCAUGGUUUUGUUGAAGAGUUGGUAGUGAAUGAUGACCCGGAAUAUCAGUGGAUUGAUAAUUUCCGCACUCCGAGAUCCACGAACGAAGCCCGUCAGAGGCUAUUCCAGAAACUUUCGGGUGAACUGCAGAGAAAAAUCGGAUUGAAAGUCCUUGACAUGGGCGGAAACGCCGUCAUUGGAUACCAGCAAUAUUUUGAUUUGGAGGGUGAAUCUGGUAUCGUAGUGCGUGGUAUUGGCACGUGCGUUUUUCUACGAAAGAACUAUGCAUUUCCUUCUCCUUCUACGCCAACAAGCUUUCCUGCAUCACCAAGAGAGGACGCUCCUGCAACUGAUUUGUUAUCAGGGGAUCCUUCAAAAUCGUUUCCUCCCAGUGUCCAACGAAAAAAGAGAAACUCGUCCACUGACUCAGAUGGUGGAUCACCGAUGAAAGAUUGCAGUAGUAGCGGUGACAAGGGAAGUUUGGGGACAUCUUUGGGGAGUUCCAAGAUGCCUCGCGAGACCAUGACUAGACAACGAACAAUUGAUGAAUUCGAAUUCCCAUUCUUUACCCUCACCAAGUUCCCGCCUCGAUUUCUACGAAGCGUUGGAGGAGUGGUUAGCGCUCGAUCUGUGAAACUGUUGGACAGAAUUUAUAAUCCAGAUGAGCCUGAAACAAGAGAUUCGUGGUGGAGAGAAAUACGAACUGAGAUUCGGUCACAUGCUAUGGCUCUUGGCUGCCAUGCUGUUGUGGGGUAUUCCGAAUCGACCACGAUUUGUGAAGAAUUAAUCGUGUUAUCUGCCAUUGGAACGGCGGCUUGUGUGGAUUUUGAAGGCGAGAUCAAAGCAAUAGCUAGACACUCGAAAAUUUCUGGAGAAAAUAUUUCACAAGCGGACUCGCAUUCAAAUCCGGACUCGUCGUCUAAGACAGCGCCUGUACACCUAAGUAUUACUCCAACAGACGAUUUUGUUGUAUUUCCUCAUAAUGGUUGUUCGAUCUGUCAUAUCCCGUACAUGGAGAACGACCUUCCAAUACCCGUGCAUCUUACAAAAUGUCUCCUCUGCAAACAAGGAAAAGUUCCCGAUGUGUUAUUUUCGACAACGGAGUUGCCACAUGAUAUUAGUAUAAAUGGAAAAGGAUGUCUGUUGCAAGGAAGAGUUUGUCGAAGUAGAAGAAAAGAAAAAGGUGAAGCGAAUGCAGAGUUGACCAGCAAUAUCCUCCCAUUUAUGGAAUAUGAACUGCACCGUCAAUUAACAAAUAAACUGAAGCUGAAGGGGAUGAAUGCGUUGUUUGGUCUUCAAAUUCAAAUCUCUGUUGGUGAAUCUAUGAUCAUUGCUAUUGGGACUGCUACAGCUGUCUACUUGUCGUGCUUGCCUCCUGCGCCAAUCCUUCGUGUCGCUGGAAAGACGUCGACAGCUGAUGACGAGAAAAGAUUAAAAAAUAUUCAGAAGAAGAUUUUGGAGUUUAGUGCUAAAAACAGAGUUUCCUGUGGAAUUGACGAAAUUUAUGAUUCCUCUUUAACCAGUAAUAUCUGCCAGUCAGAAAUGGUUUCAAGUGAGAGUCCAGAGGAAAAGACAAUAUUGGAUCCCUCAUUUGGGAAUAGGGAAGCGUUUGUUAUCGAGAUCGAUGACCGACAAGAUGAAGACGUCAUAACGUAUCUUUUCGAUGCACCAACACCGGAAGGAUUUUACUGCUGUACCACAGAGGUUAUACCUGGAGUCGCUAAAGCUGAGCAGAGAAUGCAGAUGAUCACUGCCGUCAAACGAAUUGCAGUGAGUGAUGAGAACAACGAUCAAAAUAGACUGGUCUCAAAGUUGUUUGAAAGUAUUGUUAAGAGUUUUUGGUUCAAAGUUCGCCGUUUAUCACCCUGUUCAAUUUCCAACAUUCGUUUCGACAUAGAAAUACCAAUGGCGGAUAGUGUACAGGUUGCUGUCAAUGCUUAUAUAAUUGGGUUCAGGGAACAUGACUCCAGCGGCUUACCAGCUUCAAAACCUGGUAAGCAAAUAGAAAAAAGAAAUGCUGGUUCAGGAAGAGGGCUCAAAGUCCUGGUACAUUGUUCUUAUUUUAUCUCAGGUGGUCUUCUGAAAUGUGGAAAACCCGACGAUUCAGAGGAUUUACAAUUCGAAAUAGACGAAGAAUCUCAGAACUUACAACAAAAGAGAGCCAGCGGCAAAGAACAUUCAGAUCAUCGCUUGGUGAACAGAAUUAAACUCAAGCAUUCUGAUAUUGAUACUUUCCGACCGGUGGUUGAACUAACUCCCAUGUCGUGUGUCGUGGGCUGUUCUACGGAACGUUAUUUAGGAAACAUUAAUCUGUUCUUCAUUCGUGAAAGCCUUUCUGUUCGUGAGAACGGUGGAUUAAACCAUUUUAUUCAAGUAUUCAUUGGAGAGGUCCAUGCUAUUGUAAGAGCACAAGUAUUGGCUUUAGGAGGGAAUGCGCUGACCUCGUUUCGUAUGAAUAAAAUGGUACUGCUGGAUAGCCCACAUAAGAAUCAGGGUCAGGUCCUGCUAAACGUUUGCGGAGAUGUGGUUCAGGUGUACUUCAAGAAAGAACAAUAAUCAGGGAAGAUUUCAGCUGAUCUACUCCUGGUGCAUUGCGAUAAAUAACGGUUAAUGCGUGUCUGCCGUGUUCGUUUGUCAAUGUUAGAAUUUCCAAGAAAGCAGCAAAUCAUCUAAUAUUGGCCCCAUUUCUGAUGAACAUCAUCUUAUUCUAUGGAAAUUUUUUGUGGUUGAUAUCCAUGCAAGAGAUUUUUGUCUCGCUGAAUGAACACAUACUCGCGUUUAAUAUACAUUGCAUUUGUACAUUCAAUUAUGAUUUUUUACACAUAUAAUGACGAAGUAUACAAAACAUAUACAGCCACCCUGUUGAUAGUCCAGUUUCAGUGCCCUGACUUGUUUUUUCACUAAUCUAUAUACAGUAAAGUAAAAGUAAACAAAACCGCUGUCUUGAUAAUGCAGAUUCAGUUAUCUGACCAUGUGUAACACUAGUUUAUAUAUAGUAAAGUAAA